AUGGCUCCUAAAAAGAAGCUGAACAAAGGCGGCAAAGAGUUUGAGGGCAAGAAGAGGAAAGGGGGCAAGAAGGACACAAGUGCAGGCGUGAAGUCUGGGGAGUCCACGCUGGUGGAGGAGCUGAAGGAAUUCUACCACAAACAGAUCCAAGACCUGGAGGACCGGCUGGCCCGGUAUCAACGGAAGUGGGAUGAGCUGGCUGUGCAGGAGAAGAUCUUCCGCCAGGAGUUCGAGCAGCUGGCCAAUAACAAGAAAGAGAUUGUGGCCUUCCUCAAGCGCACGCUCAACCAGAGGGUGGAUGAGAUCACGGAACUCAAUGACCAGCUGCAGAGCCUCCAGCUGGCAAAGGAGAUGGAGAAGGAUGCUUUCGAGGCACAGCUGGCCCAGGUGCGCCACGAAUUCCAGGAGACCAAGGACCAGCUCACCACAGAGAACAUCGCCCUUGGGGGAAAGCUGGCUGCCCUGGAAGAAUUUCGGCUGCAGAAAGAGGAGCUCACAGACAAGUACCUGGUGCUGGAGGAGCAGCUGCGGAAGCAGGAGAGCGAAUACAAGGACUAUGUGUACAACCUGGAGAAGAAGUCUGUGCUGGAUAAGGACAGGCUAAGGAAAGAGAUCAUCCAACGUGUAAACCUGGUGGCCACUGAGUUCCGCAAAGUGGCCACUAACCAGAUGUGGGAGACAACCAGGCGGGCCAUCCUAGAGAACAACAGUGUGACUUUGCAGCUGUCCUGGGUGACCCAGCAAGGUGUGCAACUCCUUCAGGAGAAUGAGCAGCUCAGGAGCAUCAAGGAUAAACUGUACCAACAGGUGGAGCUGCUGGAGAACACCCAAGAGAUCAUGGCCAGAAACAGCAAAGGCCAUCAGAAGGUCAUCCUCAUGCUGACAGAGAAGUGCCGCCAGCAGAAGCAGGGCACAGAGGAGGCAGAGCAGCUGCGCCUCCUGCUGUCCCAACUGGAACAGAACUUCCAGCAGCUACAGAACGACAACCAGACCCUGAGGAGUGACAAGGACCAGCUAGAACAGCAGCUGAGGGACCAGCGGGCGGAGGUGAAUCUGCUACAAGAGAAGCUGACUGAGGAAAAGAAGGUUCGGGCCAGCCUGGAAACAGUCCUGGCCCAGGCCACCGCGCUCCUACAGGACAUUGUACAGAUGCGAACAGAUGCAGAAGACGGUGACUUUGACGUGGUGUUCCAACUGCAGCGCAAGGAGAUGCUGCAGCAAUUGCUGGCUCUGCUCAGCUCAGCCGUGUUUUCAAAAGCACAGUUCAGUGUGGGUCGCCACCAGGACCAGCAGCCCCAAGGCCCACCCAAAGAGAGCCAACUCAGCACCCAGGUAUCCAAGAAGGCGGCCACGUCCCUGCUACAGAAGCUCUCCACCAUCACAACCUACAAGCCUGGGGAUCUAGGGCUAGUGCCUCGUCGGGUCCACAUCCCACCCAACCCUCAGGACCUCAGGUUGCUCUCAUAUGUCACCAGAAUGGGGAUCUGCCAGUUACAGAACACUAAUGAGAGCUAUCCAUCUGGCGCUCUCAAAAGAUUCAGAAAGUUGACCAUUCCUAAGCCUUUCCUACAACGUAAGUAGUGCACGGAGAGACCAAGCCACCGCAGAAACAGACUAUGGUGGCCAGUGUUCCUCUUUCAAUCUGCAAGUGACCUGGGGCAACCCAAAAAUU